UGUUCCAAGACAAUGGAUUUUCGUUUACUACUUUUCUUGUCUGCUGCACUUUUUUCUGCUGUGAGAACUUCCAGCACCAUUGAUUUUCAAGUUGGUGUCAUUCUUGAUUUAGACUCGCCAGUUGGGAGGAUAGGAAUGAGCUGCUUAUGCACGGCGAGUUCUGAUUUUUACGCAGCACAUGCAGAUUAUAAAACUAGACUGGUCCUUAACGUCAGAGAUUCCAACAACAGCGUUGUCGAUGCUGCUGCUGCUGCUCUUGACUUGAUCAAAGAUGUUAAAGUGGAUGCCAUAGUUGGUCCUCAAAAAUCCACACAGGCAAACUUUGUGAUGGAUCUUGGAGACAGGGCUCAUGUACCGAUUUUAUCGUUCUCAGCCACAAGCCCUUCUCUCAUUCCCCGAACUCCUUACUUUGUUCAAACAGCGCAAAGCGACGCCAACCAAGUCCAGGCUAUUGCUUCCAUAGUGAAAGCCUUUCAGUGGAGCCAGGUGGUCAUUAUCUAUGAAGACACUGAAUUCGGCCACGGCAUUAUGCCCUAUCUAUGUAAUGCAUUGCAAGACGUAAACGCCCGAGUUUCUUACAGAAGCUUGUUUCCAAGAUCAGCCACCGAUGAUUUCAUCAGCAAAGAACUGUACAAGAUGAUGACAAUGCAGACCAGAGUGUUUGUGGUGCACAUGACUCAGUGUCAUGGAACUAAGCUUUUCAGGAAAGCUAAGGAAUUAGGAAUGAUGAGUGAAGGGUAUGCAUGGAUCGCAACAAGUGGGCUAAUGGACUUGUUCAAUCUGGCCGAUUUUGACGAUGUUGAAGCUAUGCAAGGGGUUCUUGGGGUGAAGCCUCUGAUCCCCAUCUCCAAAGAACUUCACUCUUUUGCUGGCAGAUGGAUCAGGGUGUUUCUUCAGGCUAAUCAGGACAUGAAACUGUCCGACACAAGUAUUUUUUGCCUUUGGGCUUAUGAUACUUUUACUGCACUUGCUACAGCAGCUGAAAGAGUUGGAAACAGUGAGAAGAAUUCUAAGAUGAACGAGUACAAUGUCAAUCCUGGCGACCUGUUUUCUUUAGGAGUCUCAGAAACAGGUCCAAAGCUUCUCCGGGCAUUGUUGGCAACAAGGUUCAGGGGACUUGCUGGAGAAUUCAAUCUUGUUAAUGGACAACUGGAGCAGACACCGUAUCAGAUAGUUAAUGUUGUGGGGAGAGGCGAGAGAGAGGUAGGAAUCUGGACACGUUCUGGAGGAAUUUCCAGGAAACUAAAUCUGAAUAUAACCAGCUCUUACUCUACUUCAAAAGAAAAUUUUAGAACCAUCAUUUGGCCUGGAGAGUCUACAACGGCACCAAGAGGAUGGGAAUUUCCGGUGGGCGGUGAAAAACUAAGGAUUGGGGUGCCACAGAAACCUGGUUUUAAUGAAUUCUUGAAGGUGCACAGGGAUCCUCAUACUAAUGCAACUGAAGUUAGCGGAUACUACAAAGAUAUUUUUGAUUCCGUCAUGGCAUCAUUACCGUAUGCCAUUCGUUAUGAAUACACUCCCUAUCCAUUUUUCAACCCUGAUGGUUCCAGAUGUGGGAGCUAUGAUGAUCUUGUCUAUCAAGUUUCGCUGCAGGACUAUUAUGAUGCUGCUCUUGGAGAUAUAACUAUAACAGCUAACAGAUCAAUUUAUGCAGACUUCACUUUGCCAUACGCAGAAGGAGGUGUUACUUGUAUAGUCCCCAUUAAAUAUGAGGACGUGAAUGAUGUGCUCACAUUUUUGCAGCCCCUGACUAAAGAGCUAUGGCUAACGACUGCGGCCUUCUAUAUCUCAACAGGGUUGGCGGUUUGGAUUCUUGGAAGUAGGAUUAUCUCCAGCUCCAGGGAUCCGCCCGGUCAACAUGCUGGCAUGAUUGGUUACUUCCCAUUCUUUCCCGGAGAAGGAAUUCAAGGCAGCUUACUCUGCCUGGUUCUGGUGACAUGGGCAUUUGUUGGCAGUUUGCUGAACUCAACUUACACUGCCAGCUUAUCAUCUAGACUCACAGUACAGAGGCUUCAACCUACUAUAACCGAUGUGAAGCAACUGAUCAAGAAUGGACACUAUGUUGGUUGUCAAGAAGGUUCAUUUCUUAUCAGUUUCUUGAUAAAGUUGGGAUUUAACAAAUCAAAAAUCAAGACAUAUAAAUCUGCUGAAGAUUGUAAUGAAGCUUUAAUGCUGGGAAGUGAAAAUGGAGGCAUAUCAGCCUACUAUGAUGUCUUGCCUCACAUCAGGAUGAUCUUGUCCCAAUACUGUGGCAAGUAUAUGAUUGUUGGCCCUACAUAUCGCACCGAUGGAUUUGCGUUCGCUUUUCCCAAAGGCUCCCCUGCAGUUGCUGAUAUCUCUCGUGCAAUUAUCCAAUUGACAGAGAACGGUACCAUUCUAGAGAUUGAGCAAAGGUUAUCCAGCAACUCAGCAUGUUUAGGGCCGGAGGGUACUAGCUCUCCAACCAGUGUGACAUUGAGAAGUUUCCUGGUGCUUUUUGUCAUCACAGGUUGUGUUACUCUUACAUGCCUCCUACUUUCACUUCUCAUACACCGCUGUAAAAACAGAGCUUCUCUUCAAAUAACGUCAGAUUUCAAGACCAAAGCCAUGUCAAGAAUUCAUGCAUUGUACCAAGAUCUCAAGAUCUUGUCCCAAAACUGCAAACUGGAGAGAAAAUAAUAAAAAGGUUCAAGAAGUUC